AUGACUACUCCGAGAAAGGAUUACGAAGACGAGGAGAUCGCUGGAGGAGGAAGGAGAACGACGACCACCACCACCACUGGGGCAUCUCGCAGUAUGCACAACACUCAGCGACCGACUUCGUCCACCAAUACGGGGGUGCUGAUGGUGGGCCCAAACUUCAAAGUGGGCAAGAAAAUUGGCUGUGGUAACUUUGGAGAAUUGAGAGUAGGGAAGAACCUCUACAACAAUGAACAUGUUGCCAUUAAGCUGGAACCAAUGAAAUCAAGGGCACCUCAGUUACACUUGGAAUACAGGUUCUACAAACAGCUGGGACAGUCAGAGGGAGUUCCCAAUGUGUUCUACUUUGGUCCUGUUGCCAAAUCUAAUGCCCUGGUCUUGGAGCUUCUGGGACCUAGUUUGGAAGAUUUGUUUGAUCUCUGUGAUAGAAAGUUCACACUCAAAACUGUUCUCAUGAUAGCUGUUCAGUUGCUAUCGCGUAUGGAGUAUGUGCAUUCCAAGCAUCUGAUAUACAGGGAUGUGAAGCCUGAGAAUUUCUUGAUAGGACGGCAAUCGACCAAAAAGCAGCACAUUAUUCAUAUUAUAGACUUUGGUUUAGCCAAGGAGUAUAUUGACCCAGAAACCAACAAACAUAUUCCUUACAGAGAGCAUAAGAGUUUGACAGGGACUGCCCGCUACAUGAGUAUUAACACACAUCUAGGGAAAGAGCAGAGCCGGCGAGAUGACCUUGAGGCGUUGGGUCACAUGUUCAUGUAUUUUCUCCGAGGUAGUUUACCCUGGCAGGGGUUGAAGGCUGACACACUAAAGGAGCGCUAUCAGAAGAUUGGGGACACCAAGCGGGCCACUCCUGUUGAAGUUCUCUGUGAAAACUUUCCAGAAGAACUAGCGGUAUAUUUGCGCUAUGUGCGAAAGUUAGACUUUUUUGAAACUCCUGAUUACGAUUAUCUGCGGAGACUGUUCUCGGAUCUCAUGGAAAAAAUGUCUUACAAAUGUGACUGGCAGUUUGACUGGAUUGGCAGACAAAUGGCCAGCUCAAACCAAAGGGGUCACCAGGCUUGGGGGGACCAGCACCGCCACACAUACCUGGGAGACAACCUGGCUUCCAACAGGCAUGGGGGCUCUGUACAGGUUGUUAGUUCCACAAAUGGAGAACUGGGUCCUGAUGAUACUGUUCAUCUCAGCAGUACUCCAGUUGCUGCUCAGCAAGAGGUUGAAGUCAAUGAUGAAACUAAGUGCUGCUUCUUUCGGCGACGUAUAAAGAAAAAGGGUCGUCACAGCUAA